AUGACUAAUGCUGAAACACAUCCCCACGAUCCAAACUAUUGUUCACCAAGUAAGCAAAACGAUGGUUCUGGAGGCACUACGAAACAUCAGUGUAGCAUCGAUGAACGCUCUUACGAAGCUUGCGCACCUCAACAUUGCGCUGGGUGCAACUUCAACAAAGGGGAUAUAACCAAAUCGAAAGUGCUUAAGUUUCAGAGCUUGGAUAUUACAGAUGACUUGAGGGAGCUUUUCUUUAGUGAUCCAGCAAUCUCUGGUCCAAUGAUGUCUGCUAACUAUCUCGCCACCAAAUCUACAGCUCGCAAACUCCGAGCUGGCGAGGGGGGGCCAAAAACGUCACGUAAAUCUCUUCAUCAUCUACGAUGCCGCCGUCGCUUGGAUGGGUUCCAUUCUACCCCUACAGGCCAACAUGGUUCGGACUCCAUGGUGUUUUCGUCCUCGAUGCACUUGCAUCCGCAUCCUUCGUCGUCAGAUCUGUCAGAUAAAGCCGCCUCGAAUACCCUUGCACCCUACGGUACAGCUACAAAAGUAUCAGGAAAGAACCUGACAAAGGCGAAACUACCGUCUCCACUUGCAAAGGCUAUGGAGGGGGGGGUGAAGUGCCAUCGGCUCCCCCUCGGUAGCGACGGCCUCUGUUCAAAUGUGUUAGAUCUUAGGUAUCAGGAGUUGGCGAGUCUUCCUUGCCUGCAUAUGGCUGACGUCGGGUCCCUCCAUUGCACCGGGGAGGGCAUCGCUGGCAGGAUAUCGGUACUCAAUCUGUCUGAAAAUAGCCUCCAAACACUGGUCUCAGACGUACCGCAAAUCACUGACGUCAAUGACCGCAGUAAAUGCGACUUAGUGGGCGUAAAGGAACACAAGCAGGACCUCAGCUCUGUUCCUAGGAGUUGUCCGAUAGCCGUGUUUCGAAAUAUUUCAUCACUGGAUCUCAACAAUAAUUUAAUUUCUAACCUCGAUGGAAUUGAAGCACUCCCAUCGUUGCGCUCUCUACGAGCAGCGCGUAAUGUGAUUACCACGCUCUCCAGUCUAUGGCGCGCACCGUGCCUCGCAAAGCUGGACAUGCUGGAUGUGAGCGAGAACUGCAUCGAGCAGCUGGUCUCCCCAGAUGAUGUACACGCUCUGAGACAGAAUCCCCCCUAUGCGCUGCUGGUUUUAAGAAUCAACUACAAUCAUUUGUGCAGUCUUCCGGAUUGUUUAUGUAUGUUCAAACAACUACGGGUCCUUCGGGCUCGCGGGAACAAGUUGGAGUCCGUACCGAAUGCAUUCCCCAGCACAUCCUUCUGUCAUAAAAUUCGUUGUAUCGACCUCAGCUCGAAUUGCUUGUCUGAGAAAGACCAAAUUAGCCUUCAACAAUGCAUUUCAGUGCUUGAAAAAAAUAUCACUAAUAGUUCACAUGAUGGCUCGCGUAAACACGCGGAGAGCAUCUCUCUUGACUUGAGAUACAAUGAAGCUAGAAAAACAACACCACUUGUGCUAGAAAGCAUUAAUUCUCCCUCAAUUUUGACUGAAAUUGAUGAUGCUGAUCACAAGCAGUGUGGAUCUACGUGUUCUGUGAUGAAUUCGAAUAGGAAGGCGUGCGAUCGCCCGCAGCAGUCCUCAUCAAUAGGAACCGUGCAUGCUGAUGUCGUAACACCGAAGAGGGUGCAGUCAGGGGAUACCUUUCUCCUUCCCAUGAGCAGCUUUAAGACAUCACGAUCAUCUGGGUUGAAAAGGGCCGUUAAUGCUGUCAAUUCCUCAUCAAAAAUUGAACCAUCAACUAUCUCGCAGCAGAAGCAGCGUUGUUCGUCAGAAAAGGAACCUCCACAGCUUGAAAGAAGUCCUACAUCUGCAUUACGGCUGGACUUAGAGAGGUCGAGGAGUAAUCCCGUGAUGUUAGCUACAAAUGUGUGGUAUAUCAAUGUUUCCGAAAUGCUAGAGAAUUUGGAGAGAAAUCUUCUUUAUAUCGGUGGAAGAUAUAGUACCUUAAUUCCAAGACUGGCACGUUCUACGGCGUUGGCACUAUGGGACAGCAUGCCACGACUGGGCCUUGUAUACUGUCAGGGCGAGUUUCGCUCACAUCCAACUUUGAUCAUGGGUAAUAUCACUGAGUCUUGCACUACAAACCCGCAUUGCGCCGUCCUUGUAUAUCAAGUCUUCCGCUCUAUUAGCAUUUUGAGUCAAGAGCAGUUCAGUCAUUACCUUAAAUGCACUGAAAGUCAAACAAGUGAUAAAAAGAGCGCCCCAUUGUCGUUUUCUCCUCACCCAGCAGUCAGUGGAGGCACAUCUAACAGCAAGGCGAAAGGAACGCUCCCGAUUUCCAUUAAGGUUCACCACAUCUUUCAAGUUGCCGACACCCUCAACACUUCUUCAACUUCAGUAGGGGUCUUCAGUGACGACGCCGGCCUGUGGUCUUAUGUGCGAUGGCGACGCACGUGGGAGGUGAAGGCGAGGCGUUGUUUUUUUCGUGCUCACAACAUGUAUACGCGGGCCCGCUCGGGGGCCUUGGGUCAGAGCGAUCUGAUGGUGCUUAUGGAACGCCGUGGAGGGGACACCCAGGCUCCCUUGUGCCAGCCCAGCGUCGAGGUGUUCCUGCCGGUGCCACCACAGUGGGCGCGCCUGUACAACCUCCUCGCCCUUGGCACAGGACUCGACCACAAAUCCAGGGCGAAGGAGACUCCUGUGGACAGCGAGGCGUGUAUAAAUCCUGAGGGAUUCCUCAGGCCAUGUGACACAAAGACGGCCGAAUUCGCUGAUAUCAUACCUACUUUGCAAGACAGGGGCCCAUCCUCAGCAUUUGUAGACGGGAUUGGCCCUCGAAUUAGGGUCUGGCCUGCAAAAGUUUCGGAGACGUCUCGAGCGUCUGCCAGUGGUAACAGCAUGAUUGAUCAGGAUGGAGGUGCACAGGGCUCAUCCAAGGUGGUGAGUGGCCCGCUGGACUAUGUGGGCAUUUCGUUGAAGUUGCUAUUGUAUGUACAGAGUAGUAUUAAGCGCACGGAGACGAUGGUGGAGCAGUUCGUAGGGCGCGCACAGAUAUCGUGUCCGUUAGUGUCGUAUUCACGGGAUGUGAUCUAUACUGCACGCCGCGCGGCGUUGUCUAAGGGAAGCUUGCUGAUUUAUGAUGCACAUAGAGGAAAUAUCAAUGAUUCGAUUCCUGAUGUACCCUUUGCUAAGUUUUUACUCCCAAAAUAG